GGAUCCAUGUCUCUGAUGCCGCGAGUAUCUUCAUUACGCCUGACGAUGCUUCGCGUGAUAUUGAAAUGUUCCUUCCCGUUGACGACAGACACCUUCCAGGUCUGGAAGCUGUCGCCGAGAUGAAUGUCGUUUGCCGCUGGGGAACAAAUGCAUCGUGUGAACUGAUCUUGCGAGCACCGUCACGAUGUUCUCCAGUCCUUACGGCACAUGGUCGCGCAUUGUCACAAGGCGAUAUUGUCUUAGCCAACCUCGCACGAGUCUGCCCACUUUCCGGUAUAUGCCGUCUUAGUCUGACGAGCUAUGCCUUCUCUCGUUGAAGUACAUCUCGACAACUUCUUACCUCACACAUUGAUGUGGGUCUUCCUCGGGAACAGCAACUUCACUAUGUCCGACUUCGACCCUGACUAUCAAUCGAGAAAAUGUUCCGACGACACCCACCGAGGACACAUUUUCAUCCACUCUAGUCGAGAGUUCUAUGGACGUUUAGGUGGAUUGCCGACGGUAGUGAAGACUGUUCAUGAAUGCCGACCUCCUAAGGAUGACGACGAUGCUGCGGGUGAGAAUACUACAGCUAAUGUGAAGCAUAUCCGGACUGUGGUGACGAGAGACAUUGGAGGGAACCCUUGAAUAAGUGUCUGAUAUGUUG